AUGAAGGUCACCUUCAGAGACUUGAAGCAGCAAAAGUUCACCCUCGAGGUCGAGCCCUCCGAUCUGAUUUCCGCCGUCAAGGAGAAGAUCUCGGGCGAGAAGGGCUGGGACCCGAAGCACCAGAAGCUCAUCUACUCCGGCAAGAUCUUGAAGGAUGAGGAGACCGUCCAGUCCUACAACAUCGAGGAGAAGGGCUUCGUGGUGUGCAUGGUGAACAAGCCCAAGGAGAAACCUGCCCCGUCUCCUGCCCCUCCAGCCCCCGCCGCCGAGGCCUCUGCUGCGGCCCCCGCAACUCCCCUCCGGAUGAGGACGCCUACUGUCCCUGCCGCGCCCGCCCAGUCCUCUUCUGCGCAACCUGCUGUCCCGGCUACGCCCACCCCUCACGGUGCCUCCGAUGCCUCUGCCGGCGCUGGCGACUCGUCCGGCCUGGCCAUGGGUGCUGAGCGCACCGAGGCCAUCGCGAGCAUGGAGGCCAUGGGCUUCGAGAGAAGCCAGAUCGAGGCGGCUAUGCGCGCCGCCUUCAACAACCCCGACCGCGCUGUGGAGUACUUGCUGAAUGGUAUCCCCGACAAUAUCCAGCAGGAACAGCAACAACGUCGCGCCGCGGCCCCACCUGCUGGCAGCGCACCUUCGCAGACGGCACCGGCUCAUGGCGGUGACGACGACGGAAGCGUCAACCUGUUCGAUCUGGCGGCCCAACAGGGCAGCGGUGGUGCGACCCGAGGUAGCGGCGGCAGCGCUGCGGCAGCGGCAGCGGCAGCCGCCACGGCAAGCCAGGGCGGUGAUCUUGGUAACUUGGAUUUCCUCAGGGACAACGCCCAGUUUCAACAGCUCCGCCAGGUUGUUCAGCAGCAACCGCAAAUGCUCGAGCCCAUCCUGCAACAGCUUGGUGCCGGAAACCCCCAGCUGGCCCAGCUGAUUGCGUCCAAUCCCGACCAAUUCCUGCAGCUGCUCGGCGAGGAUGCAGACGACGAUGUUCCCCUGCCUCCUGGCGCGCAGGCUGUCUCGGUGACGGAGGAAGAGCGCGAUGCUAUCGAGCGGUUAUGUCGACUUGGCUUCGACCGCGACCAGGCUAUUCAGGCCUACUUUGCCUGCGAUAAGAACGAGGAGCUGGCUGCCAACUUCCUGUUUGACCAGCCAGAGGACGAUGAGCCGCCCACGAACUAA